CGCGUGGUUCUUAAGAAAUGUGCGCGAUCACAAUCAACCACUAAGGGGGUGAUACUUGUCUCGAUUUACCUUGAUAAGAUGAGCUUGCCAUUUGAAGCUAUAUAUAGCUUGCACUCAUUGAUAUUCAUUCAUUCAUACUUGUUUGAAGGGAAGUCCAAAGCAUAUCCAUGAAGAUCCCACCGACACUUCUCGCCAUAUUUGUUUUGAUGAUGAUCUUCAAGAAAGCUCCUGCAGAAGGCAUAGGAGCUCAGGAGGAUGCAUUGGUCUUUACUCUUCAGGGAGUUAAGGGGAAAGAGCAUGCGCUGCCCCGUAAGUAUCUUCACUUCAGUGUUAAUAGCAGGGGUGAUGUAGAACACAAGUUAGAAAUCAACAGCCUUGUGAGGAAUACUGAAAAGAACGGGGUGGUUUCGGCGACUAGCCAUGCACAAGAAGCCACAAGCAAUGGGAGCGAUAGUACGAACAGCGAUGCAGCAAAUAACAAUGGAAAUGCAACCGACUCUCCUCCUAGCACAUCUAUUAACAAUUCGCACCGCCAGCCAAGUCCCAAAGACGUGUGCCGUUGGUCUCCUAUUCCGUGUCGUUAGAACCAUGGUGACGGACUUGGUAACUUCAAGUUAAGGGGACGCAGUGUGUUUAAGCAAUAUAUAUACGUAAAGACCUUAUGCUAUAGUAUGUUUGUGGUUUGCUAGCAGAUCUAUGUAUUUCUGGACAAAGUGGCCGUCUGGUCAUGUACAGUGUGAACUAUGAUUAAAUAAAUGUCCAUGACUACUACUUCAUGAA